AUGUCCCCUGCAGUUUGGGCCACAGACUUGGAUCUGCGCUACAGCGAUCAUUUGGCCAUGACUCAGAUUGCACUCUAUGUGACUGAGGGGACCUUUGACUGCGUGUCAAGUCGCUUCCAGGUACAGCUAGCUCCCAAGAAGGCACCUGUGCAGAAAGAAGCCUCCCUGGUCAGCCGCUACAUUCUCAUGAGCAGUUCAAUUAAGAACGGCAACCUUUCCUUCAUCUACUAUAAUGUUUUCCUCCAGAUGUGCAAAGCUCACGGGAUUGGCUACGAUGUGCGGCUAAAAGAAGGAACCAUUUUUAUCUUGUUUGAAGACCAGAAACGAAACACAUUUGGAAUGAUAACAAUUGGAGAACAUCUCCAGGGGGCCCUCAUGACCUUUGCUCAGCAUCUCUUCAUCAUCUAUCAAGAAUUAUCAGCACCUAAUAUGCAUGCCGAGACCAAUUUUAAGGGAGCCAUUCAGGAUAUUGAGAGGAUCCUGGGGGUUACAGAACAGAACAAGUUAAAAUUUGGAGAGGAAAAGAAGGCCUCAAAAGCAAAAACAUCCAGAAAAUAAUUAAAAUACACUCUUCACACCUUGAGAUUCUCACCAGGCAUCUUCA